AUGUUAGUCAUGCUAAUUACCCCCGGUAUACCACUCGGUUUGGUUGUGGACCCAAGGCGUGGACUCCUAUUCUGGUCAGAGUGGUCUGGGGAAAAGAGGUCAGUUGGUGCUAAGGCCAAUACUAUUGCUAAUGAUGACAGUUUAUCACCGCGCAUCCUUUGCUCCGGCCUGGAUGGCAGCGACCGGCGUGUAUUAGUCGACAGCUCCACAAAACUUGUUUAUUCCCCACAUCCGCCGUCUCAUGCAUCAGCAUCUCCUGCAGCUUCCUUGGCUCCCACUCCAUUUUAUACAGGGGGCAAGAAGUUCCGACGGAUUUGGCGAUCAAAGAGGUCAAUGGAGAGGAAAUUCCACUCGGAUAGCAAAGCAGAUGUCUUUGUCAGUGGCCAGCAAGUUAGAAAUGAGCAACGUUCUAUUAGGGCGAGCACGAAUGCAUUGAGGUUUCGCCGUUCUAUAACUCCAUUGGAGCAACACUUGGUAGCGCCCUCUGGCCUUGCCUUAGACUCAGUGGAUGGGCGCCUCUUCUUCGCCGACUUCCAACUUGGGUUGAUUGGCAGCUUGGAUCCGAUGGAGACACGGCCUCAGGUGCAUGUCGUCUUGGCUAGCACUGCAUUCCGGCCGUACUCACUAGCGGUAUUCGAAGACCGGGUCUACUGGUCGGACUGGCGCAAGCGAGCGGUUCUUUCGGCAAACAAGUGGAAUGGCAAGGACGCUGGUUCGGCAAUCCAUACCUGGCAAAUUGUGCCAGGUUCUACUCCAAGCCUGCACUCUACUCUAGGCGGUGAUGAAAAAAGGGAAUCAGUUACCAGCCGGUUGCAGGCCUCCUUACCUAAGGCGUUGCGCAUGCUUCAUUCGCUAGCCCAGCCGCACGAUGACCGUGCUAAACAAUGGUGUCGACCUCCACAAUCAGCGUCUCCACUACUUGCACCGCUCCUAUCCACCACUGAGGAACAGUUGUGUAGUCAUCUUUGCCUGCCUCGUGGCCUUCGCCCUGGCAGACCUGUAAGUGUAGGCGAGGAGUUCACUUGGGGCGUAGAGCUGACACCAAGACACUCUUGCGCCUGUCCUGAUCUCCUGCAUCUAGCGAAGGAUGGACGAACUUGCCUCACUGCGGAAGGUAUUCCGGCUGUCUCUGGCCCCUUCGAUACUCCUGUUCAUCUUCGACGUCAAAUUAUGCUGGUCACCGCCUGCCUUUUCGUUUCUCUUGUGCUUGGUGUUUGUCUAUCCUUACUGCUUGCCCAUCGUCAUCGCAUUCGUUGCAGCCGAGCCUGCAUCUGCGGUGAGACAGCCGUCUGGCAGAUGCGACAUUGCGACUCUGUUUAUCAUUUGUCGGGCACUUCUUUAUCACCUCAAUCACCUCAGCAACCGCAUCAACCGCGAAGCCAGGCUUCGCUUCAUACAUCGCAUUCAGGUGGAGAUGGCUUCCACAACCUCGAUUAUACUGCCUUUUGCCUGUUCCUUUCCAACUCUGCUAAAUCCAACAAGCUUUCCUCGGCUUGUCCGUGCCGGCAACGCACUCCUAUCCAUGCUGACACUGCUUCGAGCACAGCAUGGACGUCUUGUCUAACGUAUCGCAAGGGUCGGAGAGUCCUACGCCAGUUUAGUCGUCUUGGCGCUGCUUCAGGUGAUAAAUCGAAUCAAUAUACCGGUGAAAAAGGCGAGAUGGAGGAGAAGAGAAGGGAUAGUAGCGACUCUUUGAGUAUUGCAGUUAGUGGAAUCUGUUCUCCACCAAACGUAUUACAAGAAGGUAAAUUCUAUGACAACCGUGACCUCCAGGCGGUAGGAUUGCUAGCUUCGGAGUCUUAUCAGGAGAAUGGUCAAAAGAUUGAGGCCCGUUUAGAAAGGUCAGACGAACCAGACGAGGGCUUUGUAUCAUCUUUUCAGCUGCAUGAGCCUAUCUUUACAGACAAAUUGGUCUUCCCGCUUAGACAACUUGAGAGCGGAAAUCGUCGCCAUUCUUUAACCUCAUUGGCUGAACAGAUAGCGUGGGCGCCCGGGCUCGAUUCUCGCUGUGUCGAGACUCGGCCUGACUUGAUCUGUUCUACUGAUCUAUUGCGUCGCCAUGUUCAUGAUCAACUUCAGCCGACUGGUAACCACAAUUUUUGUCACCAAAGCUACGGGGCAAAAGCAUCUGAUUUGCUACCAGCGGCAUCGCUGCCUUUGAAUCUUUCAGCCCCAUUGCCACUCUUGACUCAGCCACCUCCUGUGUCCCGACAUUCUGAACAAGGUGGAUUAACUUUUUCUGAUCACUCGAGUCAGGUUGAAAUCACUCGUGUUUGUCCUGUAAGGCAAGUGCUUUCUUGUCCUCCAUCCCCGAGGGUCGCGUGCAAAUAUAUGUGCUAUCCGUCUCAUUUAGGUGUGGCUAUGAGCUCUAUAACACCACUUCGUUCAUUUUCUAACACCAUCGAGAGACCUGCUAGAAGUGUUUUAUUUGGUGGGCCUGUAGCAAGUCUAGGUAUAGGCAGUGAGGUGGUUACGAUCUCAAGCUCUCCGACUCCGACCAUUCCAAUUGCACCAACCUUUCGUUUAAAUCGAACCAUGGCCAAAGUAAGCAUUAAUUUGGAUCUACAUCCUGAUCCUAGAAGCAAAACCUCUUCACUUGGAUCUCUGACCAGCAAGGUGCGUGAAUCACUUGGUGCCAUGUGGCGACCCUUAUUGAGGGUAGGUCAGUCAGCACCGCCUUCCUCUUUUCUCAGUACUGCUUUUUCUAUCUGGAACUCGAAUGCUACAAGCCAUGCCAACAAAUCCGAAGUUAACACGAUUCUUCCCGUCUCAGUCCUACGGAAUCAGAAUUCCCCACCAGUCAUGCUGUCGGACUCUUCUCCCAAAGUAUCCUCUCUAAUUGAUUCUCAGCUUGCACAAACUAACCUUGAGCUAGGCUUCUCCUUCUCUAGCUUUGGCAUUCCAAACAUUUCACCUUGA